CCGCUGGCCUAAGUCUCAUUUCUUGAUAUUGGCGCUUAAUGGAAUCAGCACCAGCGUCUAUCAUGCCGAACACUCAUCAAUACACGUGCGGCAUGCCCUGCACCCUCCUCACCCUCUCAUCCAAUAUCAACGGUCCCCAUAUCCCUACCCUCCAUCUUGUCCCAUCGCUCAUUCUGCCCACCACUCAGCCCAUCCUUGAUCCUCCGCGUCCUUCGUCGUUUGCGCCAUCAUGGCCGGUAGUUUCGACGGCCAAUGUAUCAGACUCGAAGUCAUCAGCGGAAAAAACCUUCAUGUUCUUUCCGAGCGUAUACCUGCAGGCAUCUACGUGUUCAUUAAACUCGACUCGACUCGACUCUGGAAAUCAGCCAUUCAAGUUCCAUCAUCCAACAGUUAUGUAGCGUGGGGCGAUACCGCGAACCUACCAUCACAUGCGUCACCUCAAGUAUCGGUUGAGAUCAGGGCAUCCUUAGAGCUCAGUCGGAUGCUAGGCAAUGGAGAACUUAUUGGAAAACUUAAAAUGUCUUGGGAUGAACUGCUCGGUCACGGAGAUGAGCCUUUCGAAAUGUCCUUCCCACUUGUUCGCGGUGUCCACCCAUCUGUCACGUUGAAGGCUGCUGCUGUGAAUGGUUGCGGAAACAACAACGGUGAACUGUUGAACCUCAUCGUCGACUGCGAGAUCGCUCGAGACACGGAUGUGGGUCACACAAGAUUUGGUGAAUAUGUGACAAGCAAGAGGGUCUCUGACCUGAAUGAUGCCGUGGCACAUUUUGAGUUGGUUCUAGAGCGGUGUCCGGUCGGCCACCCUGACCGCGCAGCUGCACUGACCAACCUCGCGUGCGCACGCCUGAAAGGGUACAUUUGCAGGGAUCUUCAAGACAUCGACUCUACUACGUGUCUAUUCCGCGACGCUCUUGCAUUGCGUCCGCAGGGCCACCCUGAUCGUCCGCUAUCCCUCUAUUACCUCACUGAAGCGCUGACCUGGCGCCACAACGAGGAAAAGACAGCUGCCGACAUCCGCGAAUCUGCUCAGAUCUACCAUGAGCUACUGCCACUCUGCCCAGAGGGCACCUAUCUUCGGAGCAUCGCGGAAGGGGCUAAUGGCGUGGAUUAUGUGAUUAGCGGAUGCAACAAUCUUCCGAUAGACGCAUCCGAUGAAGGCAUCCGCCUUCGACGAAUCGUCCUCGAGCUCUGUCCCCAGGGCCAUCAACAUCGUCUAAGCGCCCUCUAUAAGCUUUCAUGGGCACUCGGUACACAUUUUGGGCAACGUGGGAGCAUUGUUGAUAUAGACGAGAGCAUACAACUUGGUCGCGAAGCUGUUUCUCUGUGUCCCGAGGGACAUCCUGAUCGUGGUGUCUGCUUGAAUAACUUGGCUUUCUCACUCCGCUACUACCGCUUCAGUCACCAGGGCAAAUCUGAUGACCUCAACGAGGCCAUCUCUCUAUAUGAGGAAGCACUGUCCCUGAGCCCUGUUGGGCACAAAUCUCGUGAUACACUAUUGGACAACCUAGGAGGCGCCUUCCUCGACCGUUUCCACCAACGCGGUGAGGUAGAAGACAUCAACAGAGCUAUCAGCCUCCAUCGCGAGGCACUGACAUUGUGCCCACCUGGGCAUCAAGAACGUGACACCACACUUUCCAACCUUGCCCUCGUACUCCAAACCAGAUAUGACAAAUCACAUGCCAACGAGGAUCUUAACGAGGCCAUCGAGUUGUACCGUGAAUCAAUUCGGUUAAUGCGGCAUGACCGUCCAGAGCGCCAUAGAACUCUUUACAAUUUGAGCUCAGCACUCUGCUCUCGUUUCACGAGAACUCAGAAGAUUGAAGAUGUUGAGGAGGCCAUUGAGCUCUGCCAAGAAUCAUUGGCGGCUUUGCCACCACUCCACCCAGAUAGGUACUACAGCUACAUGUGGCUGCAGGAGGCCUAUCUGUCUCGUUACCGAGUGCGAUGCAAUUUGGCUGAUUUGUCACUCGCAGUUGAAAACUUCAGAUUGGCGUUAAGGCACCCCACUCAAGGCUUACCACAACGCAUCGUCACAGCAUUUAAUUGGACUGUAGCAGCAGAGCAGCAUAGCCAUGGAUCUGCACUGGAAGCCUACACGACAUUCUUCGAGCUUCUUGACAGUCAUCUGGCCACAAGAUCAUCAACUAUUUUACGGUGGGAAGCUACUACUACCUUCCAUUAUGCCAGAACACUCCCUGUAGAUGCAUCAUCAUGUGCCUUACGCCAUCAUAACCUAGAAAAGGCUGUUGAACUCGUGGAGCAGGGCCGUGGCCAGCAGUGGUCACUGGCGUCUCGGCUUAGGACUCCAGUCGAAGAACUCGAAUCAGCAAACCCAAAACUGGCUCACGAGUUUUCGGAGCUGAGCAAGCGUGUUUCCGAUGCUGCUCAGGGUUCUGCAGCAAUCACCGACAGAGCUGCUGCUGAUCAGGCAGCAAUGAAGUACAGGAGGUGUACAGAGCAGUGGGAAGCUGCAAUGGGCAAAAUCCGCAACAUUCGAGGUUUCUCGCGGUUCCUCCUCCCGCUAUCAUACGAAGACUUGCAAGCGGCAGCGUGCGACGGCCCAGUCAUAAUUCUCAUUGCGAGUGAAUAUUCGUGCAAUGCCAUCAUUGUCCCGACGUCAGGGGUGCCCCAUCAUGUUCCUUUCCUCUCUCUCACUCUCGCAGAUGUCGAGAAACUCAAAUACGACUUCGCGAUGGCGAUACGACAUGCAUCACUGAUGGGCCCAACAGAGUCGAGGACAGACCUGAUAGUACUCUUGCGGAAGAUAUGGGAUGAGAUCAUGCUACCGAUCGUCGAUGUACUACUUGGGCAUGAUCUCAAAGUAAAGCACCGCUCUCGAAUAUGGCUGUGUCCUACUGCAGCCUUCACAUCCAUUCCUCUCCAUGCAGCUCAUCCCUCUCGAACGAAAGCAAAUGGAAGUGGGCAGGAAUUAUCCCUCGAGGAUAUCUUCAUUUGCUCCUACACGCCCACACUUUCCGCUCUCGUCAGAUCUCGACAGGCGAUGAAGACGCGUGCGACGAGUCCAUCCUUCGUGGCGAUUGGGCAAAGUCAACCAGGCGCAGGGCAAGGCACGGCGCUCGCCACUGUCGACAGCGAGCUUGAGCUCGUCCAUACACUCCUUCCCCCCGAUGUCAAGUUCACCAGUCUUUCGGGAGGAGAAGCUACACAGGCCGGUGCACUCGAUGCUUUGCAACGCAACACCUGGGUGCACCUCGCUUGUCACGGCAAGCAGGACCGUGAGCAACCUUACAAUUCACGGUUUGCCAUGAGAGACAAACCUCUCACCCUCCUUGACAUCAUGGAGAAUGACACUCCGCAAGCUGAAUUCGCAUUCUUAUCGGCGUGUCAUACCGCUGUCGGCGAUGAAGAGACGCCCGAUGAGGUCAUCCACCUUGCAGCUGGCCUACAUUUUUCAGGGUUCAAGAGUGUGAUUGGCACGCUGUGGGUGGUCGAUGAUGAAGUCGUCAAGCACGUUGUUGAAGCAUUCUACGAGAAUAUGUUCAAGGGCUUGAAGGAUGGUGUCUUGGACUGUACGAAGGCAGCCAAAGCACUCAAUUAUGCUACGCAUGGUGUGAAGAAGUUGGUGCCGCUCGAGCAGAGGAUUGUUUUCAUUCAUAUUGGUGUGUAGUUCUAUGUCCCAUUGCUUUUGUCUUGUACAGAUUUACAUGUUGUUGAUUUUCGAUUCCCUUCUAUCCCGGUGUAUUUGUUGACGUUGUAGGAAUUCUCUCUUGUAUAGUAGUUGUCUGCUGUUCGGCAAAUUGAUCAAAUUUGUUCUCGACGACAAUGCUUGGCAUGUACAGUAAUAUUUGUACUAUUGCAGCGGUGCACAUUCUUUUGCUCAAGUGCUUCCUGCAAUACGAGUUGACCUUCCAACCAUUCAAUUCAAGUCUGUCUUGGAAAAA